AUGACAACUUCCGCUACGAAAAUCGAUAUCUCUACCACGGGGCCGAUCGUCGCUGGUCCCCGUACUCCGCCUACUACCCCCCCGCGAGCCAAGGGCGAAGGCGAAAACCCCGAGGCGUAUCCCCACAUCCUCCUAUUUCCGGGGGAUGUUGGAACACCCGAACCCGAAUGGGGUGUUAAUGGCGGCAAAGAUGGCGGCGUCUACGACAAAGAAGCCAUUCUUGCGCAACUGGCCGCCAACGCUCCCCAAGGCGGCUACGAAGGGCCUACCUCGGAAGACCAGGAAACGCUCUCUGAACCAGGAAAAGAUCAAGAAGAGCAGGAACCGGAGCUGAUUCGCGACGCAACCGGCGAGCCUAUCCACCUCCAUGGGAGCGUUGCUCCUGGUACCGGAACCCCCCUCGGCCCAGCCGGGGUGGCCAAGACCGCUCUAGAAGUGGCCGACACUCUGGAUGUCAUACCGCCGCUUAGCGUUCUUGAGGCUGGCGCUCGCGUAGUCGAACAAGUUCAGGAGAGGGAAGGUGAAGCCAAGCCCGAAGUCGGUUGGGGCGAUGAAACGCCGAAGCAGAAGCCCAGGCGAGACAAGCAUGCUCUUGUCCGAAGGGCCUUCGAAGGACCGGCUCAUGUUGGCAUGGCCGAGUUUGGAUACGAGACAAUUGAGAGUAUGUUCAACGUCAGCCAAACGGUGGACCCGGAGCGUUAUGAUCCGCGAGUUCCCUACAUUGCCGGUUUCAGCAACGGAAAGGAGAUCAGGGACACUGUUAUUCUCGACACGCAGUGCGCUGCAGCCCCUACUUGGUUGAAAGGUGCGCUCUAUCGCAACGGUCCGGGUAUCUUUGAUCUCGAGAUCUUCCACAAGCGUCAGGUCCACGCCACGAGCUUCCAACACUGGUUCGACGCUUUGCCGCUGGUUCAUCGAUUUGAGAUCGACGCCGAAAACCAAAUAGUGAAAUACCGCUCUCGCUUCACCGCAACGGGGCUUGAGAACACCAUUCGCGCGCAUCUUCGCAAGACGUACGUCCCUAUCGUGCCCAACAUGGGCUGGCUGGGAUUGAAGAGGACGAGUUCUGACCCCUCGGCUAUCUGUGCGAUCCACACGCAAUUCCCCUUCCGCCACUCCACCACGGCUCCGGAGAACCGCCUCGUAGCGACCACGGACACCAGCCUCCUCCAAGAGAUCGACCCGGUUACGUUGAUCUCCAAGCAAGCUCUUCGAUACAGCGACAUCAAUCCAGCUUUCCAAGGUUCCGGCGCCGCCGCCGUCCCUUGGCGUGACAGGAAGACGGGCGAUAUGAUCAACUACACGAUGCAACAUCUUGCGUCUGGGAAGGCUAAGUACACCUUCUUUGGAUUGGCGCAGAAUGAUCGAUUCAACCCUCCGGGCAACAUCAUCGCGACGAUCACAGCGCCCCCGACUUACGCCCAUACUUUCGCAGUUACCGAAAAAUACAUCGUCCUCAUCGUCUACCCGUACACCCGCACCUGGGGCGAGGGUCUUAAGCGCCUGGUGCCCGGUUGGCUCGGCAUGGGCGGUCACGGUCCGAUGGAGACCGACCCGCGCAAGGGCAUGUAUUUCGACGUUGACGGCGUGACUACUUUCCAUGUUAUUUAUCAAUGUUCCUUCCGCGCACAGGAUCGCUACCGCCGUGAAGAGAUCAGCGUGUACCGCACAGGCCCGAUGUUCGCGCUUAACAUCGUCAACGCCUUUGAAGACCCGUCCGCCGAGACGGUUUCCAUUGACUUGAACUGCUACGAUAACGAUGAGAUCUUGAGCUGCUGGGACCUUGUCAACUUGCGCACGCUCGAGAUGCUUCCUUGGCCGGCGGCGACUAUCCGUCGCUAUGUCUUGGGCAAGCUUCCUGAGACCGCUGCGAUCUACAAAGUUGACAAGAGUAAGCUUCCUGAGCCCACAUUCACCCAUCGCACCGACUACACGCUCGAAUGGCCGACCAUCAACCCGCACGCUCGCCAAUACAACGAGUAUCGCUUCGCGUGGGGCCUGAGCAUCUCGGCUGCCAAGCGCAGGAUGACCAACGUCGUGUGGGACACUAUCGUCAAAGCCGACUUGUCCGACAAAUCUAGGAGGGAGUGGGCGAGCGACGGUUGCUACCCUGGUCAACCCAUCUUCGUCCCUAACCCAGCCUGCCGCGACUUCGUCAACAACCCGAGCAGCGGAGGAGACGUCAACGGCAUGCGCACCAAGCUCUCGCCCUCGACCGACUCCUUUGUAGGCGACAACGCGGCGGAAGACAGCGGCGUCCUCCUUAGCGUCGUCUUGGACACGCUCAACGACAACACGUCCUUCUUGCUGAUGCUCGACGCGCGCACGAUGGAGGAGGUUGGCAGGGCCACGUUGCCGAUACACAUCCCUUUUGGCUUCCAUGCGCUUUCAACUCGCGUAGAUUGCACAUCAUUGAUCCGCGAUGGCACGUCUCCGUAA